ACACUGCUGUCCAUUGGCGGGUGGAACUUUGGCACGUCAAGGUUCACCACAAUAUUGUCCACAUUUACCAAACGUUCAAAGUUUAUUGCUUCAGUUAUUCCCUUCCUGAGGACACAUGGCUUCGAUGGUCUUGACCUUUUCUUCUUAUACCCUGGACUGAGAGGCAGCCCUGUACAUGACCGGUGGAAUUUUCACUUAUUAAUUGAAGAGCUCCUGUUUGCCUUCAAAAAGGAGGCGCUACUCACCAUGCGCCCAAGGCUGCUGCUCUCUGCUGCUGUAUCUGGGGUCGCAGACAUCAUCCAUUCAACUUAUAAUGUGGGUCUUCUAGGAAAGUGA